AUGGAUAAGGAAAAGAAGGGUCGGAUCUUGGCAGUUCCAUUCCCAAGCCACGGCCACAUCAAUCCCAUGAUGCAACUCUGCAAGCGUUUGGUCUGCAAAGGGCUCAAAGCCACACUCACACUCACCAAAUUCUAUGGUAAGAAAAAUAUGAAAGAAAAAUCUGGUUUGAUCCAAAUCGAAACAAUAUCAGAUGGAGACGAUGAAUAUGACAUAUUUGAUAGACAGAGUGUGCCCGAUUCUGUUGUUCGAUUCACGAAACAUGGGUCAGAAUCUAUAGCCCAACUCAUUGAGAAAUAUGAUAGUUUGGGGGAUCCAAUUGUUGGUGUCAUUUAUGAUUCCCUGUUGCCUUGGGUUGUUGAAGUACCAAAGAAAUUUGGAUUAGUUGCGAUUGAGUUCUUUACUCAACAUUCCGGUGUUAAUUUAGUUGAGUAUUAUUACUAUCACAAAUUAAUUCCGUACCCUGUGGAAUCACCAGUCACCAUUCCUGGGCUGCCGUUGCUUCAGCCUGAGGAUGUUCCAUCAUAUGGGAUUUAUCUGGGAAAUUUUACUCUAAUGGCUAGUCAGUUCUCGACAGUGGAAAAAGCCGAUUUUGCUGUAGUUAACACAUUUUACAAGAUGGAAGAAGAGGUGCUAGAGGCAAUGUCAAAAUUAUGUCCAAUGAUGACAGUCGGACCAACAAUUCCAUCCUUUUAUCUCGACAACUUCAUUGAAAACGACAGAGAAUAUGGACUCAGCGUGCCUCGGGAUGACUCCACUUGCAUAAAUUGGCUGAACACCAAGCCAGAAGGAUCUGUUGUUUAUGUGUCAUUAAGCAGCGUCAUCUUUGCUAGUCCAGAUGCAAAGCAAAUGGAGGAGCUUGCGUUUGGUUUAAAGGGAAGCAAUUACAACUUUCUAUGGAUCGUAAAGGAUUUUGAAGUCGAAAAAUUGCCCAAAAAUUUUGAGGAAGAAACAUCUGAUAAGAGUUUGAUUGUGCAGUGGUGUCCACAGUUGGAAGUACUGUCGAACAAGGCUGUGGGAUGCAUUGUUUCACAUUGUGGGUGGAAUUCAGUGAUUGAAGCACUAAGUAUAGGAAUACCAAUCGUGGGGAUGCCAAUGUGGGCAGAUCAACCGACAACCGCCAAGUUCAUCCAGGAUGUAUGGAAGGUGGGUGUAAGAGUGAAGCGCGAUAAGAAUGGCAUUGCAGGGAGAGACGAAAUUGAAGGUUGCAUAAGGAAAGUAAUGGAAGGUGGAAGGACUGGAGAGAUAAAGGAAAAUUGUAUCAAAUGGAAAACAUUGGCUAAGGAAGCCGUUAGUGAAGGCGGAACUUCAGACACAAACCUCAAUAAGCUAGUGUCCAAAUUGACAAGCUCUCCCUGA